AUGUCUUGGCUACGGACGUGUGCUUUCAUCAUACUUCGUGUUCUCACAAUCUCCUCGUCAGACACAAGGCUUGCUUCCGUGAGAGGUGCUGUUGCGCUACGUCGGCAUUUUCAUUACAACUCCACACGAUCAAUCCGUCGUCACUUGAAUUUCUCGUCUCCAUCAGGUCUCAAAAAUGACCAAGGCCUUGUGCGACUUAAACUGCAGACCUUUAUUUUUGAGGUCACGCAUUACCUCAAGGCUGAAAAGGAUGACUCCAGUGGGCACAUGAGGAAACUCAUGAAGCAGUACCCCUAUCUUCCACUCGAUCCCGGAUACUCUUCCACGCUAAUCACCGCCUACCACCCGUUGUCAGUUCAGGCGGAGAUUUGCAAGCAGUUCCACGAGUCGAGGUGGAAGAACCACGAUUACGUACCGACAAGCCUUUUUGUGGUAAAUGAUAUCGGCGCGAUGGUAAACAGACCGCGGCAUGAUAGGCUUCUGCAGUUGUUUUUCCAGAUAACUGCUUCAUUGGGCUUACCUACUUUUACAUGGAUGCCGAACAGAAUUGGUGAAUUUGAAUUGGAGGAGACGCAGCUGGCAGUUCGACUGGAGCCUCUGACGUGGCACGUUGCGAGAGCGCUGGUGGAUUUUUCACAAGCCUUCAACUGGAACCUGAUUAUAAUUUUGUACAACACUCAGGCUCCUGGAUCUAGACCUCUCAUUUCUGAACUGAAGUUCCUUCAAGUGGAACGAGAAAAACAGGACCACCCGAAUUAUUACGAAUUUGAAAUAGAAGCCCUCUUGCCAUUUGAUGGUUUUACCAAACAAAAAUUGAAGGACUGCACCAUUAGAAACCAAAUUCCAGGCCUGAAAUGUUUUCAGUCAUUACUUACUGCCCUUCAAAAGAUCUGGGAAUCCGUCAGCCGAACGGAAAACGAGCACCUCAUGGAACUCUUUGGAGUUGGGUACGUGUGGAUUUUUACUCCCUCGACAAUGGCACCGUUGACAAUAGCCGACCAAGUCGAGAAGGUCAACCGCGAUAGUAUCGUCCUCUCAGAAUUCACAAUGUUUCGUAAAAUACCUGGCAUGUUCGGUUUGGUCUGUCUAAACGACGCGGACAACCGCAGGCGUCAUGCUGAACUAGCUCGCGAAGUGUGGCACAAGUCGUUGAUGGAGUUGGUAAGACAAAUGGUCGACAUCUUUCCACCGGAGAAGCCCCUCUCCCUGAACCCUGCGUCACCAGACACUGUCGCCUACUUCCGUCGGCUCCUUGAGAAGCUGCGACCCGGAGACCUUUGUGAAAGCAGUGAACAUAUGGUCUGGCAAUGGGGCCAUAGGUUAAACAACAUUAUGAGAUCGCUUGAGUUGAAUUUCGAAGGCGAGCCGGUUAGCUUCUUGCCAAAUGGAGGGCUUAACGUCUCCAAGUUCCUAAUCUUCAAUUCUCGGACUACCAGUGGUCGAAUGAAUUGGUUUAAGGUCGGAACGUGGUCAAUGAGCAGCAAAUGGGGCCGGAGUAAGUCUCGGCUGUGGAUUGACGGCGUCACGUGGCCAGGGGGCGCUAACUCUCCGCCACAAGGGCGAGCCCACAGACUCAAAUUGAAGGCUGUCAUGCUGCAGGAGCAACCACUACUCAUUUAUGGGAACCUCCAAGACAUGGGUGCUGGUGUUGGUAAAUGGGAAAAACAAAAAAGUGAACAUGCAGCACACCACAACCGGAACCGGAAAAACCUUAGUUACGACCAACCUUAUGACUACCAGUGUUGGUGCAUUAUUCUAAUCUUCAGCGUUCACGCUUCUGGUGCGGCACUGUACCUCUACGAGUGGCUAUCGCCUGUUGGGCAGGAUCGUGGGCGACUUGUCACACCAGAGCGCAAAUUAACACUGUGUCGAUCGCUCUGGUUAAUUUGGUCCAUGCUCUUUGGAGCUGCAGUGAACACUGAAAACCCGAGGGGUAUGGCCAGUCGCUUCAUGGCCAGCAUCUGGGCUUUGUUCGCCCUCGUCUUUCUGGCUUCGUACACAGCUAAUUUGGCCGCGUUUAUGAUUUCAAAAGAUGAUUUUUACGACCUCAAGGGCAUAAACGAUUGGCGACUCCAACAACCCUGGAACCACAAGCCCCCAUUUCGUUUCGCUUCGAUUCCCAGUGGUGCAACUGAGGAGAACAUCAGGAUAAACUUUCCAGAAAUGGCUGCCUACAUGUGGGCCUUCAAUCGGUCCACGGUUCUCGAAGGUCUCAAGUCUUUAAAAUCCGAAGAAAUUGAUGCGUUUAUUUACGACGCCACUAUUCUCGAGUAUUGGACAUCACGAGAUGACGGGUGCAAGUUAAAGACGGUUGGAAAUCUUUAUGCCGUGACAGGAUAUGGCAUUGGCUUUCCCAAAGGCAGUCGUUGGCUUCCCAAGGUAAACUCAAGGAUACUGCACUACCAAAAGAAUGGCAAGUCAGCAUUCGGGAAAUUUCACCGCUGGAAACAGUUCUGGUUAAGCGGAGCCUGCAAGAAGGUAACCGUGAUUGGAAACACGAAUAAAACGCUGGGCGUAAAGAACUUCAUCAGUGCUUUCAUUCUCCUCCUCUGCGGAAUGCUUUUGUGUGGAGUCAUGUUCCUUUUUGAGCACGCAUUUUACCGCUACAUUUGGCGACGCAUUCGAAUCUCCAAUUACCAUGGCUGCUGCGUUCUGGCAUUUACGAAAUCCUCUGAAACCGUUCAUGGGGACUUAAAUCUGACGACUGGAACACCGAAUGAGCCUUUGGUGCGGGAGAGAGAAUGCCAAAAUCUGGCCUGCCUGCAGGAGAGGUGCCGAAAUCAGCAGGAGAUUUUAAAGCUUUCGAGGCACCUCCGAUUUCUCAUUGAUGAAAUGAGGGCAAACAAUGAGAUGCUCUUCAAUCAUCCGAGACACAGCUCAAGCUUCAGGGACGAUGUGGACCUCCCUUCCAGUGCAAAAUCGGCUCAACAACUGUACGGCAACAGCCCGGGUACCAGUGCCGUUAUAAAAAUUCCACGCACAUCAUGGUCCAAUGACACCCACUUCAGUAACAGUCAAAAUGCGAUAAGUAAACUUAAGAAAGCAAAAGCACCACCACCCGAUCUGCGAGAUACCUACGAAGCCAGAGGAGAAUCGGUAGCAAUGUGUGAUGAAUCUCGACAACUAAGGCAAAAUUCAUGUCACCAUGGCAGCAUCGACGUUCGGGCGGACCUUGGUGACCUGAUUCAUCCCACUUCCUCGCAGAAUAUUUCUACUAUUCUACAGCAGCAGGUGGCAACGAUUAAAAACAAAACUCUGGAACGUGUCGAGAAAGAAUCGGUCAUUUAG